CACUCCACUUGAGAAAUGAAAGCGUGCUGCUGUUGGGUCUUGUUUCUCGUGUUGAAUUUCCCAAUAUUGCCUUCCACCACACAACUUAAAUUAAUCACACACAUAACUACAUAAAGCUGUUACUACUACCAACGCCCAACCAAUGCCCAAUCUUUUUACUGUUUUCACUAUCUCCGAUUUACCGCCGGCCACUUAACAGAUUUUCAGUUACAUUCAUACUACCUGCACACAGACACACACUCGCAUUUCCUUUUCAAUAUUUUUACGCUUCUCGAUCCGUGUGGUUUUCAUUUCCGACAUUUCUCCGCCCAAGUCCCUGCAUCAAUUUCUCGAGCGUAGCAUCUCAAUUUCCCAGCUUUCGAUAUAGGGAAUGGAUCAACUUUUCAAGCUUGGAUUGUUGCUACUGCUGCUUACUCGGAUCGGAAAUGCAUUCACGCACAAAAGUUUCGAUCAAUGUGAAACUAUAGUCAAGAAUUGGAAAUCUUCUUCCCUUUCAGAUGUCAGAGAAGAUAAGCAUGUACUCAAGCACUUGCUAUUUUUUCUUCAUGUCCCGAGAACAGGAGGGAGGACGUAUUAUCACUGUUUUUUGAGAAAAUUAUACCCUUCGUCUUUGGUAUGCCCUCGUUCCUAUGAUAAGUUCAGGUUCAAUCGCAGCAAAACAGAUUGCCGGUUAUUGACCAGUCAUGAUGAUUACAGUGUGAUGUCCAAGCUUCCGAGUGAUAGAACAUCAGUGGUGACUUUACUUAGGAAUCCGAUCGACCGCUUUUUCAGCAGUUAUGAAUUUUCGAUAGAGGUUGCUGCUAGGUAUAUGAUAUAUCCUAACAUAUCAUCUGCCACUAAAAUGUCUAAACUCGCAAGUAAAAAGUCAAAAGCUGUAACCACAAUGGAUAUCUGGCCAUGGAAAUAUUUAGUUCCUUGGAUGAGAGAUGAUCUAUUUGCUCGGAAAGAAGCCAGAAAGCAUAAAAGCUUAUCUUAUUCCCAAAUCAGCGACCUAUACAAUGCAGAGGAUAUUGUUAUGCCAUUGAUCGAAUACAUGCGUCACCCUAUAGCUCUGGACAUCAUUCACAAUGGAGCUACAUUCCAGGUUGCAGGGCUGACAAAUAACUCUAAUUUAAGGGAAGCACACGAACUGCGUCAAUGUGUGAUAAAGUAUCAGAGGCUUGGUGACCAUGUGCUUGAAGUAGCAAAGAAGAGACUGGACGAUAUGCUCUAUGUUGGCCUAACGGAGAGCCACAAUGAAUCUGCCUUAUUGUUUGCAAAUUUGGUUGGUGCACAAGUGAUUUCCCAGUUGGUGGAAUUGAACUUAAGCACAGAGCUUGCGUCUAAUAAUGAACCUGCGCAAAAUGUGUCAACAGUACCAGAUUCAAAGGUUUACACUUCAUUACAUCAGAAAAUUAGCUUGCACCUAAAAGAAGUCGAGGUUCCAUUUGUCGAUAACGCUCCGAAAACAAAUGAAAGUAUGACUGUGGAGGGACUUCACGAAGCUUUUAAGAAAUGUGUUCCUGAAUUACGUAGAGUCCAAACAAAUCGACGGAAUACUUCUUUUCAUAAAAUCCCUUCAUUAAACUUUAGGAAAGAGGCACGCCUUCGUGUACCUGAAUCGAUUCUUCGGGAGAUAGCGUCACUUAACAGUCUUGAUGUGCAGCUCUUUAAGCAUGCUCAGUACAUUUUUGCAAAUCAACAUAAGCAUAUGGCACAAAAAGUGGAUAUACAAAAAAGUAACUCCAGAUAUUUUUUGGAUGCCCCCUCUUGGAGAACCCUUUCACUAGAUGCCCCCUCUUGGAGAACCCUUUCAUUGACUACAGUCGGCAUGCUGCUUAUCUUCAUAUUCUUGCUUGUAGGCGCAAGGAGAACAAAGUUGAAACUUAAAUUAUAAAUGUGGCUCAAAGCUUAUAUAAAGAUGCAUGCAAAAAGGUUGGGGUGGGGGGAUGAAAGGUUAUUUAACAUACUAAUCCUGAUCUGCAUAUUUAAGGCCAAACCAUGGCAGUUUUGUAGAAAUCAGCAAUCAUGAUAUGGUGAAAAUAUAUGGUUCCCCCUUUUUAAUCUC